CGUUUGGUGUUUGAUGAAGGAUAAGAUUAAAUAGGAAAAAUGAUUACAAAACAUCUGCAAUACAUACGUUAACCAGUGCCACCAUGGCAGCAUCGAGGAACGAAAAUCUAGUUUCUAAGUACAUCCAAAUUUUCUUAAUAAUAGCAGGAUACUGUCUCCAUUGUAACUGUAUUUGUGAAUAAGAGGCUACUAAGCGAAACCAAUCUUAAUGCGCCUAUGAGCGUGGCACUAUUUCAAACAUUUAUAACUGCACUAAUAUGUUUCGUGCUUAUACAGCUGAGUGCCGUAUUUCCGCAAUACUUCAAAUUCACGCCGGGUAAUCCAUUCCAGGCGCAUGUCGUGAAAGAUGUUCUUCCUGUGUCUGUGCUAUUCACGGCAAUGAUCGCCACGAAUAACCUAUGCCUUAAGUACGUGUCGGUGGCAUUUUACUACGUUGGACGUUCGCUUACGACCAUUUUUAAUGUAAUUUUUUCUUAUUUAAUACUUAGCGAGAAAACUUCUUGUCCAAGUCUGUUGUGUUGUUUUAUGAUAAUUUUUGGUUUCUACUUAGGUGUAGAUCAAGAAAACUUGGCAGGUAGUCUGUCUGUUAACGGGACCAUAUUUGGCGUCACAUCGUCGCUCUCGUUAUCGUUAUAUUCAAUUUUUAUAAAACGUGUCCUAGCGACCAUCAAUCAGGAUGUUUGGCUACUGACGUAUUACAAUAAUAUUUAUUCGACGAUUUUAUUUAUACCACUGAUGCUACUUAAUGGUGAAGUGGUCACAUUAUGGGAGUAUAGUGACUUAUUCGCACCGAAAUUCUGGUUAUUAAUGAGUGUAGGUGCGCUGUGCGGCUUUACAAUUGGGAUAUUUACGUCUCUUCAGAUUAAGUACACAUCCGCGUUAACGCAUAACAUAUCGGGCACUGCUAAGGCAUGCGUGCAAACAAUUUUAGCAACGUAUUGGUAUCAGGAAAUGAAAUCGUUUCUUUGGUGGACUUCCAAUGCAAUUGUUUUGAUUGGUAGUGCGGGUUAUGCUAGAGUGAAGCAAUUGGAGAUGGAGAAGAAGUACAAAAGUGCCAAUGCGUACCAAAAAGUUUAAUGCAAUCGUUUAAACUGUGAUUCUGUUGCAUUUUUAUAUAAGUAGGUAAAUUUUUGUCCAUUGCUAAUGAACCUAUUUAUUACAUCCACAUGUAUAGCCCAAUGCUUUAUUCAACAAAUAGGUUUAUUUCAGGGUGUGAUAUAUUUUCAGAAUAUUUCUUAUUUAAUUUAUGUCUUCUUGUCUUGAUCAGUUCAAUUGACAAAACAAAAAAUCUUAAUAAACUU